UCCUGCUGAGCUUGGCAGUGCUUACAUUAAUUGGUAUUUUCUCUUAAAAAUGUGCUAAGAAAGCAAAGAAAGUGAUUGUUCAACGUUUGCGAGCAGUUGCUUCUCAUCAAACUGCACACCCCAACAUGUGGUUCCAGUUUGGGAGGUUACUGCUCCCACCAUGGAGAAUUUCCUCCAGGAAAUGGCAAAGGAGAAGCCUGUCAGAUUCACCACACAGCAGCUAUUUUCUUUCACAAAUAAUUACUCGACUAGGUUGGGUCCUGGAGGUUUUGGGUCAGUCUACAAGGGUCAGUUUCCAAAUGGAGUGAUGAUUUCUGUAAAGUUUCCUAAGUGGAGUGUAGACAGAAGGGCUGAAGAUGAGCAAUUCAUGGCAAAAACUGGUACAAUUGGAAGAACUUACCAUAUAAAUCUUGAUAGACUUUACGGUUUUUGCCAUGACCAAUAUAUGAGUGCACUUGUGUACGAGUUCCUUGAAAAUGGAUCGCUAGAUCAGUACUUAUUCAAAGAGGAAAAAGAAAUUGAAUGGGAGAAGUUACACGAAAUCGCCAUAGGGACAGCGAGGGGUUUAGCAUAUUUACAUGAAGAAUGUCCGCAAAGAAUAAUUCAUUAUGACAUAAAGCCUGGAAAUAUUCUCCUGGACGAAAAUUUCUUUCCUAACAGAGACAGCACACAUGCUACACUCACAGGAUAUAGAGGAACCCCUGGCUAUUCAGCACCAGAAUUUUCGUUAAUAAAUCACCCAAUAACACAUAAAUGCGAUGUUUAUAGUUUUGGGAUGGUGUUGUUUGAGAUAAUUGGUAGGCAAAGAAAUGCAAUUGUUGGUUCUGCACCUUGUAAUGACAGUCUUGAUUGGUUUCCAAAACAUGUCUGGGAAAAAAAUGAGAAAGAUGAAUUGGGUGCAAUGAUAGUAACUUGUGGGAUUGAAGAGAAAGAUCAAGAGAAAGCAGAGAGAAUGUGUAAGGUGGCAUUGUGGUGUAGCGUAUAGUCUUCCUCUGGCCUCGUUGUCUCUAUCGAUCUCACAAGUCUCUCUGGUAUAGGCAAGGGCUCAUCUGUGAAUGAAUCCAUUUAGAGGGUUGCGCUAGGGCUUCUCUCCUUUAGCCAUGGCUGCGCUCCUUGUCUUUGCUGAUUCCUUCGUGUUGAUCCCUCUUCUUUUCAUUCGUUUUUAUUUUCUGUUUCAAUAUGGCCUCUGUUUUUUUUUAUGAAAUAAAUGCCUGUUCUAUUGUCCAACAAAAACCUAAUGCCACCCCUGGUAGUUCCGGCGGAGCUUACCACGGCCGUUAUGGCUCUCGCGAAGCACGAGGAUUUUGAUUAACACGCUAUUGGCUGCCGACAAAGAGCUGAGUGAUCGCCUAGUACAACUGGUGGUGGACUCUAGAAAGGUGCUCCAUAGCAGGAUGCUGGCUUCAGGGGCGGAGUCUCUGUUGGCUGAUGCGGGAAGGGAAGGCUCUCUGCUGAGCAGGCGUCCCAGUGUCAAAACAAAAUAUAUAAUAUGGAGUGUUCAAGAUUCACCACCAGCAGGGCCACCAAUGAGUGUAGUGGUCAAGAUGUUGGAGGGAGGAGUGGAGGUUGGGCCACCCCCGAAGCCAUUUCAGUAUUUGUUUUCAGUAGGAAUGGCUCAGCUUCAGCCAAUAGAAACUGCAGAAGUUUCAAGUUAUACAAGUAGUGAAGAAAGCCAGUCUCAGUAUUACAAGGAGAACACUCCAAUCAUGGCCAAGUAUGAAUUGCAGAUGACUAGUUCUGCAUAAUAACUAAGCCAUUGAUGCCCCAAAAGGACAAAGCUGAUCCUGUUAUUUUGAAGUUCUUAUUUCUUGAAAUAUGAGUGGUUCGAUAGAUAAUUCCAUUGAAGUUAAAUCAUUUAGAUGUAAGGCAAAACAUAUUGUUAUAAUCAAAAUUAGAAUUUAUAUGUACUUUUUUAACAGUUGUUCCCAAAAACUGAAUCUAUUAGAUUGGUUUUUAAAUUUUCAGAUUUAAUUCAA